AUGGCAGACUUGAUCCGUAGGAACGAAACCGCCCGCCCGAACGCGAAGGAGCCUAUCCAGGAGAUCCAAUCCGGCGAUAUCGUCUACCUGGAUGAUCGCCCUUGCAGAAUGUUCGAUCCGCCAAAGAUCUAUCACCUACAGUCGAUCUCAGGGGACGAACAGCCGGGCGAAGUGGAAGAAAAGGUGGUGAUAGUCCGCGGCGUCAGUGUCAUCGAUGGCAGGGGGUACGACGAGAUGUGCGACGCGAGUGGGGAGGUUGAAUUCUUCUUCGUUGAUAAGCACGAUGAGCGCGAGUGGCUUGUGGUGGGUCUCUUCCCAAGGCUUCUCGAGCUGGAGGGGCUGAUUGGUGGAUGCUUCGCUUUGCAGACGCGUCGUGAGGGUACGAAAGUGUUUCUCCGGGCGCCUGGAGAUCCCUCUGUUACCUGGGUCAUGUGGAUGCGGCCGGAGGAAGAGAUCCCUUGGUUUUGGCUCCUUGCCCGAAAGCUCGCGGGCGAGUCUGUACGUGUGCGUGGUUCCCUGGGGGGUUGGACCGGGCUGGACUGA